GCGGGAGAGGCGCGGCCAGAGCCGAGGGGGAGAAGGAAGCGGAAGAAGCUGUUUCCCCGGCGGAAGGGGGUUGCGGCCGUUCCCCGCCGGCCUCCGGGAAAAGCUGCCAGUCUCCGGCGGCCCCGCUAUGGAGGAAAGCAGCGGCUUUCGCCUGUCGGCCGAGUGCCUGGACGAGCCGCCCAACAGCCGCGUCUUUGUGGUGCUGAGCAAGGACACUGGGGAGGCGCUGAUCCGGGAGCGUUUCGCCCCCUUCGGGGACAUCCAGAAUAUCUGGCUCCUGCGGGACAAGCGCACCAACGAGUCCCGCGGCAUCGCCUUCAUCAAGUACGCCCGCAGCUCGCAGGCCUGCCGGGCCAUGGAGGAGAUGCACGGCCGUAGCCUAGCCCCCGAAACCAAGCCCAUCAAGGUAUUUAUUGCACAGUCAAGAGCUUCUGGAAGCCACCGAGAUGUUGAAGAUGAGGAGCUUACACGAAUCUUUGUUAUGAUACCUAAAUCCUAUACAGAGGAAGAUCUGCGAGAGAAGUUUAAGAUGUAUGGCGACAUUGAAUAUUGCAGCAUUAUUAAAAACAAGACUACUGGAGAAAGUAAAGGUUUGGGCUAUGUGAGGUAUUUAAAACCAUCGCAGGCUGCCCUAGCAAUUGAAGAGUGUGAUCGAAGCUACAGGGCCAUUUUGGCAGAACCUAAAAAUAAGUCAUCUGAGUCUAUUGAACACGAUUAUUAUAGCAAUAAUACGAGGCAAGAGCCAAGAGGAAAUACACUUCCAUUUUGUGGGCACCCAGAGUUUUGUUGUUUUGAAAAAGAGAGCAGAAUUCAAGAGUCAGUCUCCAAACGUCUGUCAGUGGUAUCACGGCUUCCCUUUAUCCAAGAGCAGCUGUUUGCCCUCUUUGAUCUAGUUCCAGGACUGGAAUAUUGUGAUGUUCAGAGAGAUCCUCAUACCAACAGUGGGUACGCUGUGAUUCAGUACAGUACUGCUGCAUCAGCUAUAUAUGCCAAGUAUAAAUUACAUGGUUUUGAGUAUCCUCCUGGAAAUCGAUUAACUGUCCUUUUCCUAGAAGAUGGGAGUGAUAGCUCAGACCUCAUCAGAAAAAUGGCCACACAGCUGGUAACCGCACAUGUGUCAUCAGUGUUGCGGAAUAACAAUGCAGUUGUUCAGCAAUAUAGGACACCUCCUCAGGCGUUUGGAGGAACUUCUGGCUCACAGUUACUUCAGCCCCAAACAGAUGCCAUACUUCCACCACCCAAAAAAAAAGUUCCACCUGACACUUCUGUGAAGGAAAGGCUUUUCAUACUUUUUCAUCCCCAUCCUUUACCUAUAAAUGUAUUGGAGGAUGUGUUCUGUCGUUUUGGACAGUUGAUAAAAGUUUACCUUGUGGCUGGAAAAAAUGUGGGAUAUGCAAAAUUUGCAGACAGAGCAAGUGCCAGUGAUGCCAUAACUGCAUUACAUGGGAAGAUUGUGAAUGGUGUCAGGCUUAAAGUAAGGUUGGCAGACUCGCUUUCAGAAGAAUCUAACAAACGUCAGAGAACUUACUGAGCAGAAACUAAAUAAUGACAUGACCCCCAGCUAGCUGACUGACUGACUGAAAACGUGACUAGACAUGGUUCCUGUGGACAGUUGGACAGUGACAGCUUUUUUGUUUUGUUUCUUAGUUGAUUUCUCUCUAUAUAUACAUGGUGCUUCCUGGUUUUGAAAAUGCAGACAUGCAGUUCUGAAAACGAUCUAGGCUUUAAAAAUUGUAAACUGGUGGUUGUUCUUGUAGUAGUGUAUAAUCUUGUAUUACAGAAAUAUCUCUCUUGUUUAUAACUUAAUUCCUCCUCUAAGAUGGAAAUUACAAUGAAGGGAGUCAGCAUUUUGUGGCCUGACUGGUUAUAAUGAUUCAGGUAACUGUUAAAAUAGAAGACGUUUUAAGAGCCUCAAGUUGCACCAGAGGAGGUUUAGAUUGGAUAUUAUGAAAAAUUUCUUCACCAAAAGGGUGAUCAGGCAUUGGAACAGGCUGCCCAGGGCAAUGGUGGAAUCACCAUCCCUGGUAGUGUUCAAAAACCGUGUAGAUGAGGCCCUCAGUGAUACAGUUUAGUGAUGGUCUUGUCAAGUCCUGGAGUAAAGGUUGGACUUGAUGAUCUUGGAGGUCUUUUCCAACCUACUUCAUUCUAUGAAAACAUUGCUCAUGAUCCAAAUUGCAUCGAAAACUGAAGUACAGCAGUAAAUUCAAAGAAUAUGUAAUAACUGUUUCACAAAACCCCCAAAAAAACCUGCUAGCAAACUCGACAGUAUUAAACUAGAUUUUAGAAAAUAGCUGUAAUCAAGAAAAAUUCCAAGUGCGUUCUUAAAUAUUCUGUUGAUUUGGGCCAAAAGUAUUUAUUAUGCUUUGCAUGCUGUCAAUGAAAAGGACAUCUGACUGUCGGUCAGACUUCCAGAGCUACUUACAUUUAUCUUUUAUUAUCCUGAGGUCUUCUGGUUACACCUGUGGGGAAAGUAUGGAGUCUAGGAAGGUGUUUUUGUUUUGAAAGGUUUGGUUUGGUUUUCUUUGUCCUUAGCUUUUUGCUUUUGUAUUUUAAGAAGCUUUCAAUACGUAUGCUGUUUAUGUAAGGAUUGGGCAAUUCAGCAUUUCGGCAGGAUGAAGGGGAUUUCAGCAUUGAUGAAGUAUAAAUGAAGGUUGUUCGAAUAAGUAUUUGCACAGAUAACUUUCAAAUGCCGAAUACUUUUCUGUGUAUUCCUGAAUACUACUUGUUGAAUUAAAAAUAUCCUGAUUAUUAAAAUAAUUCAUACAGAUAAAAUUGAUAAAUUCCAGUUGAAUACAUACUAGUGGAUAAGCAUGCUCUUGGGUGCAUCCUGUUUCCUAGCAUCUCCUGUCCUGGUCCUUUGUUGGUGUGGGGAGAGUAGAGCAUCCUGCAGCUUCCUCUGGCUCUGAGUACCUUCAGGAAGAUUUCCUCCCAAGAAAUCCCCAGCUCACAGGAAGACAGGGGUUUGCCAGCAGUGUUAGGUUCAUUUGGCCUCAGAUUCCCUUCCCAGGAGGCAGAUUGCUGCUGUCAGGAGGGUUGGGCAGAAAGUUUCAUGUGUACUGUGCAACUGCUCAGUCAGCAGUCCUUGGAGUCUCCUUUCUGGCGCUCCAAGUCCCUGACUUUCCCAAUCUCAAUAAUGAAUGUGAGGGAGCACAGCACUUUGUAAUUAGUAGGUUUUGUCCUGUGUCUCUUUAUUAAUCUAAGCUAUGUUUUUUACCUACAACAGAUGGCUUUCUUUUCUUGAUUUGUUUAUUUUUCAAAGAGAAGGACGAAAUGAGAAGGUAUUAGGAAAUGCCUCCAAGCUGUAAGUAGCAGAAAGCUGUGGAUGAAACUGUUAAUUUUCUCCAUUGUUUCCCAACAGCAAAAGACAUGUACCCAUUAAAGCAACACCCCUAGUUGGGGUUUGGGGGAUGGGAAAAAGGAGGGAGCAGAGAGGCUGAUACACUCUUUUACAGUGGAAGAUAUACUUAACUCAAAACUUUACAACUUUAACAUUCAGUGCUUUAUAGUCAGUUGUCUAAAAAUACUGCUAGGUUACAAACCCAAAUUAGCUAUCUAGUAAUAUCAUGUGACUUCACCUACUAUAAAAUUAAUGCAGUUAGAAUAAUAGUUACAUGCAGCAGCAUAAUGUUUCUUAUGGAGCAAAUACUUUACAGUAUUUAGUAAAUUGGUCUCUAAGGUACAGCCACAUUCAAGUAGUCUAGUUUUUCUUUAUUUCCUGCUCUCUAUGAAAAGUAUCAGUAAAAAUGCCUGCCUGAGAGAGGGUAUAUAAAAUAAGCACCAUCAUUGUAAUUGGUUCAGAACUUUAAAGUGACAGAAACUGUAUACUUAAAAAAACAGCAUCAUUUCUUUUGUUAAAAUAAUACUAGAACUCAAAUGCUUCAAUGUGAGGAAGUUGCAGAAUAAAGGUUGCCUAAGAAACCUUUUGUUUCUCUCCAUUCCCCUAAUACGUGUUAUGAUGCAGUCCUUGAUGACUCACCAGCGGCUUUUUUCCCCUAGAGCAGUUGUUUCAUUCAGCACAAAGAAUGAAAUUGAAUCAGGGCUGCAUGGUUAAAGCGGGCUGCAAAAUUCAUGCUUAAUUUGCUGUAGAUGUUAGAAAGUACAUAGUGAACAAAAUAGGUUUAUGGUUGAGCCUGAAGAGUUGGAUUUUUGUCUCCAAAGAUCGUUUGUGAGGAGGGAUUGCCAUUUCUCUGGGAUUCCCUGGGAAAAGUCCUGUGGUUUUGUGAAGGUUUGGGUGGCGCUUUUUUGUUGGUGUUUCCCCCCCCACCACCCUUGUCCUCAUGAUAUAUUUUGAGUAGAAUUUGGGGC